AUGGAGGUGCCCUGCGGUGGCGCCAGGGGGCAGGUUGUGGCGCGGUGCCUGGGCGAGGACGGCUGCGACGCCGACGCGACCUCGCGCGAGGUCCAUCUGGAGCUGUCCCGCCAGAGUCCCCUGCCAGAGCUGCUGCUGGCGCAGUCCUGCCUGCAGAGCCUCGGUGACGACGCCGUGGCGCGCCUCGCGGCCUCGUGGGACGGGCAGCUGCCGCUCCCGUGCCUCGCGGAGGUGCGGCGCGGGGCGCUGUUGCAGCUACUCGGCGUCGCGCACGCCAUGCUCGGCAGGUUCGAGACCAGCCUGCAGAGCGACCUGCACGAGCGCGCGCAGCCGCGCGAUGCCGCCGCGGUGGACGCCCGCCUGGCGAUGGCCGUGUGCGCGCGACUGGGCGAGAAGGAGGUGCUGGCGGCCACGGCCCGCGAGGUGGUCGGGCGCCUGCUGGCCCUCCUGGAGGAGCUCGAGGGGCGCGACGAGGCCAGGACCGGCGGCUCCGCGUGGUGGCGGCUGCUGAACGACUCGGCAGGGGCCGUGGCGGCCGCGCAGCAGCGCACGGUGGCGCACUUCCAGCUGCUCCAGGCCACCCCGCUUGGCGACAGCGCGACCACUGCUAGUACGCUGGUCCAGGCUGGCAGUCUCAUCUUCAUGUGGCUUCACGAUCUGCUGAGGCAUCCGUGCAGGCAGGCCGUGGAUGGCCCCGCCGCCGCCGCGCGCUGGCUGGCGUGGGCCGAGGAGGCCGCCGAGAAGCAGAACCCGCAGCUGAGCCUCCUCUUCGAGAAGGUCGCCUUCUGGGGCGCGUACCUGCUCGCCCAGUUCGCGGUCUGCGGCGCCUUCGACCUCUCCGCCCUGAACACCAUGCAGCAGGAGUCCCUCGACGUGCGGCAGCGCCAGUGCUGCUGCGUGCCCUCCCGCGCCGCGCUGCGACUGCUGGGCCGCUUCGCGCCCCUGCUGCUCGUGGGCGACGAUCGCGCUGGCGGCGACGGCCCAGGCCCGUGGGCCCAGCUGCUCCAAGCGCAGGGCGUCGACGUGGAGGAGGCGGCGCCGCCCUCCGCCGACCUCGGCGCGGGCGCGCUGGCCGCCGCGCGGGCGCGCGGCGCCGGCCGCACGCUGGUGCUGCUCGCCGUGGACCGGGCCCGCGGGGGCGGCGGCCCGUGCGCCGAGUCCGCCGCGGCGGCGUGCCUGCGCGCGUACUCCGGGGAGACGCUGCUGCUGGUCGGCGAGUGGCGCGGCCACACCUUUGGGCUGCACGGUGCCGCGGGCGGCUCGUUCGCCGCAGCCUUCCAGGAGGGCGUGGCGGCCGCCUUCUGGGAGGAGGCGAGCGAGCCGCUGCCCUGCUGGCCGCUGGCCCUGGACCGCGUAUCCGUGUGGCGGCGCCGGGGAGCGGCGUGA